GGAUCCCGUCCCGGUGGGAUUCCCGUCCUUGUAAGAUCCUUUCCCAGUGGGAUCCACAUCCCGGUGGGAUCCGCAUCCCGGUGGGAUCCCAUCCCGGUGGAUUCCCGUCCCGGUGAGAUCCCGUCCCGUUGGAGGAGCCAUGGCCGCGGGUCGGGCUGGUGGCGGCACGAGGACAGUUGUCAUCGGCGGUGUCCCCGUGGGGCUCCUGCAGGAUGAUCUGCUGGCUGACAUCCUCACCAUCCACUUCCAGCGCUCCUACAACCACGGCGGUGAUGUGCGCCAGGUCACCUUCCCCACCCGCUGCCCGGGCGUCGCCUUCGUCACCUUCGAGGACCCGGAAGUUGUGGAGCGCGUUCUGAAGAAGGAUCAGCAUCUCCUGCAGGACCAGAGGCUGCCCAGGCCCUUCCCCCUGACAGUGACCCGCUACUGCCACAACGCCUUCCUCUGGGUCUCGUGCACGCUCAGCCUGGCUGUUUUCAGAGACCACUUGAGCUUGGAAGAUUUGCUGGAGGAGAUGCAGAAGCAGAACCCAGGCUUGAGUUUUGGGGCUCUGCAGCCUGAUGGGCAGAUUGUUGUGCAGGGCUCCUUCCCAGAGCUCCGAGUGCUGAGAGAAUUCCUCGUGCUCAAGGCAAAAUCCCUGCCAGAAGAGCCCCAAAGAGAGGGAAAACCCCAGCAGAGAGCCAGGAGGAAGCUGCAGGAGCUCAGAGGUGUUGCAGAGAUGAGGAAUUCCACUCGGGAUGCACAGAGGGAAAAGCAAGUGCUGGUUCUGGACACGGAUAUUUAUCACUACGUGAUGUGCUUCCCUCCCAGAGCCCUCCAGGGAAAUGAUGUUGUCAUUUCUGGUGUCACUGAUGGUGACAUCACCACGGUGAGCAUUGAGAGUGCUGCCAGCAAAGCUGGUGUUUUACAGGGAUUAAAGGCCAAGAAAACCAUUGAAAAUUACUCCGUGGAGCUGCAGAAGAUGUUGAGGAAGGAGAGGAUCUGCCUCAAGGAGCACGGCAGGGCUGAGAAGCAGAGGUACAAACAGCUCUGCAGAAAGCUGAAACCUCAGUACCCCAAAGUGCUGAUCAUCCCCUGUGACACCCACAUUGACCUCGUGGGACCUUCUGCAGAUGUUUUUGGGUUCACAGAGGAGGUGAAGAGGCACUCCAGGUAGGAGCGAGGGUUCCUGGAGUUUGGAUUGCUCACCCAGACUGUGCCUGUGGCCCCGUGGCACUGGGAUGUCACUUUGUCCCACUCACAGGCUGGCAGCUCUGCAGGGGAGGGUGACCAAGCCUGGCCCCCCACAAAUACCAAAUUUAGGUCAGAACAAAAAAAAAUCAAUGAUCUCUGUAUCUUUCAUGAGCUUGGGGAUCUCUUCUCCCCAGAAACAGCUACAUUUCAUUUUGGUACCUCAGUGCAUUCUCAUCCAACUUGCUGUCAAGGAGUACAUGAUGAGAAAAGAGUUUUUUUUUUUUUGUUUUUUUUUGUUUUUUUUUUUUUUAAGCUGGGUGUGCCAGCCAUGUAGGAAACAUUGCAGGGAAGUUCUGUGUGAGGUUCUGUGAGGAGGUGACCACAGCAGCCAGGAAUGGGGACCUUUCCUGUGCCUUUAUCUGCACAGGGACCCUUGGGAAGAGAGCUGGGACACUUGGCAGAGCAAAACACACCUGAAAUGUGCUUGAGAAAGCCUUGAAAAUUCUUCCCUGCAAGAAUCAGUCAAGUUUGUUUUCAUAGGAGCAAUAAUGGGGUUUUCUUCCAGCUAUAAAGGCUUCUGCAGCAUCUCCUGACAGCUCAUUAUUUACACAUGAAAGUGUGUCCAGAGAUUUGAUGGGAAAAUUUGGGGCCGUUCAGACUUUGGAAUCAGGUUCUGUUUAUGCAAAUCUGUUUCUGUAUCCAUUAGAGGGGCACAAACGGGUUUUUUUUAAACCAAUUUAGAAAACAGCUUUUAUUUUGUGAUAUCUGUGUGUUUAGAAUCAUUUGUCAGAACAUCCAGAACAGCUUUUCUACCUGAUGUGCAGGGCAAGUUUUAGGGGUUUAUGCCAUUAAAGAAAAGAGUUGUCCAAAA